CCUACGCCCUACAGCUUACAUAUAUAAAACUUCAAUCGCAAUUUCCAUUCUUCCACUCUUCUUCCUUUUCCAAUAUUUCAGACAACAUAAACACACAUGGGCGUUGCGCCACUCUUAUUCUUACAGCACCAUAACCCUAACCCUAUGCUCUCUGAUGCUACCUAACUCAUUCGAAAUUUUAAGUUUUAACAUCUUAAUUCUUAUCCCACUUCCGUACGCUUCCUUUGGCUCCAAAUCCAAUUCUCUUUGUUUGUUUCGUCAUGAACACAAUUGCCAUCAUUCGCAAUUCUGCUACCAAAUCCUCUCGCAGGGUUCUCAUUGGUUCUUCUACGACUUCAUCUUCUUUGGCUUCCCCUCAUCCAAAAUGUCACCGCACUCUUCUCACCACUGCGAACCAUUUCCGAAUUGGUAGUGCCAAGAAUUUUCUUUACUUACCGUUUUCGAGUCUUUUCCAUUUCAGGAUUAAUUCAUGGCAAUUAGGAUUAGUAAUCAAACCAGAUGAGGAUUUUUCAAGCAUUGCCAGAGUUGCAUACUCAUUGAGUGUUCGGAAUUUCUCAACUUCAGUUGAAAACCGCGUAAAUAACACCAAUUUCGAGAGGAUUUAUGUGCAGGGUGGCGUGAAUUUGAAGCCACAUGUGGUGGAGAGAGUUGAUGAGGAAGAGAAGAGUGUUCCCACCAUAGAGAAGAAUUCGGAGGGUUUUGUGAGUGUGAGUGUGGUGGAAAAGGCGAGAGUUGAGGACAGUGAAGCGGAGAGAGAAGCAUGGAGGCUAUUGAAGGGUGCUGUUGUGAGUUAUUGUGGGAACCCUGUGGGGACUGUGGCUGCUAAUGAUCCUGGUGACAAGACGCCAUUGAAUUACGAUCAGGUCUUCAUUCGGGAUUUCGUUCCUUCUGCUCUCGCUUUCUUGCUUGGAGGCGAAAGCGAGAUUGUCAAGAACUUUCUUCUUCAUACCUUGCAAUUGCAGAGUUGGGAGAAAACAGUAGAUUGCUACAGUCCAGGGCAGGGCUUGAUGCCUGCUAGUUUCAAAGUUAGAACUGUAGCUCUUGAUGGAGAUAAUCUUGAAGAAGUUUUAGACCCUGAUUUCGGGGAAUCAGCAAUUGGUCGUGUUGCACCUGUAGAUUCAGGACUGUGGUGGAUCAUCUUGUUGCGGGCUUAUGGGAAGCUCACUGGUGACUAUAGCUUGCAAGAAAGGGUGGAUGUUCAGACUGGCUUAAAAAUGAUCCUUAACUUGUGUUUAACUGAUGGUUUCGAUAUGUUUCCUUCUCUCCUAGUCACUGAUGGAUCUUGUAUGAUAGACAGGCGGAUGGGGAUUCAUGGCCACCCCCUUGAGAUCCAAUUACAGGCCUUAUUUUACUCAGCUCUUCGCUGCUCCCGUGAGAUGCUCGCUGCAAAUGAGGGAAGCUCUAAUCUGAUUAGAGCCAUUAACAAUCGACUCAGCGCACUGUCAUUCCACAUUAGAGAAUAUUAUUGGGUGGAUAUGAAAAAGAUCAACGAAAUAUAUAGGUACAAAACCGAAGAGUACUCCAUGGAUGCAACCAACAAGUUCAACAUCUAUCCAGAACAAAUUCCAUUGUGGUUAAUGGAUUGGAUUCCAGAAGAAGGUGGAUAUCUGAUUGGGAAUCUGCAGCCAGCUCACAUGGAUUUCAGGUUUUUCACGCUUGGAAAUCUUUGGUCUAUUGUUUCAUCUUUGGGUACCCCUAGACAGAAUGAAGCUAUUUUGAAUCUGAUAGAAGCAAAGUGGGAUGAUCUUGGCAGUCAUAUGCCUCUUAAGAUAUGCUAUCCUGCGUUGGAUAAUGAAGAGUGGCGGAUAAUAACUGGCAGUGACCCUAAGAACACUCCUUGGUCAUAUCACAACGGUGGAUCUUGGCCAACUCUUCUGUGGCAGUUCACUUUGGCAUGCAUCAAAAUGGGGAGAAUCGAGCUAGCCAAGAAGGCUGUCGCAUUGGCCGAGAAAAGGCUUCCCAUUGAUUUGUGGCCAGAAUACUAUGAUACACGAACUGGAAAAUUUAUUGGAAAACAAUCACGGCUGUAUCAAACAUGGACAAUCUCCGGGUUCCUUACAUCUAAGAUGCUUUUGAAGAAGCCUGAGAUGGCAUCGAUGUUAUUCUGGGAGGAGGAUUAUGAACUACUUGAGAUAUGUGUUUGUGCACUAAAUAAGAGUGGAAGGAGGAAAUGCUCCCGUGGUGCUGCCAGGUCACAGAUUCUUGUGUGAUGAAUGAGGCCUUGCAAUAUUUGGAAGCAGAGAGCCUAUU